GACGGGGAGGCCGUAUCAAACGCAACAAAGAGGAUGCCAACGAUGACGGUCGAUAAGGUAGAUUAUGGAAGGAGAAUAGACCUGAUUCUUGAAAGUAAAGAUGAAGAACAGCAAUAUGAACUCGCAGCAAAUGACAGUGCAUCUAACGAUGUUCUCAAAUACCAGCAAAGCAAUGACAUUCGUAUAAACGCAUGCAUUAAAAACGAAAUUGACCUGCUCCUCAACAACAACAAUACACAAAUCAACUACCUGGACUUUGACGGUAGACAUGCUUAUAUUUUGCAGCUAUUCAGCUUUGAAGGUUGCUUCGUUACGUUCAAGGUUGACUCGUUUAAAAUCCCUAAAAACCUUAUUGGUUUGAGUAAUUUCCGCUCCUCUUUGAUAAACCUCUACUUAUGA